UCCAAGCACAGGGGAGGCAGAGGCAGGCAGAGCUCUUGAGUUUGAGGCCGGUCUGAUCUUCACAGUGACACAGUCAGGGCUACACAGACAGAGAAACCCUAUCUCAAAAAAAAAAAAAAAAAAAAAAGAAAAAAGAAAAAAAAAGAUGGCUGAGGAGGGAACCCAUGCUGUCUGAGCUGAGGUGAAAGCACAGCCUCUUCACAAUGCAGCACACUAGGAGACUAGGAGGCAGGUAGGUAGACACACUCAACCCUCAAAUCACCAGCCCUUCCCCUUGGUGGGCUCAGCUAUGGCAGGAGUGCCAGCUAGUCAGGCCCACAGAGUGCGACUGGGCAGCGUGCUCCAGAGUGAGCAGGGGAGGACUUAGCUGAAGUCUUUAGGCUGGCAGAGCAGGGAGGGUUCAGCAGGAACAGUACUCCACUGAAUGUCUCCCAUGACAGCCAGUUGCUUGUGCAGUGGGAGCAGGCCUAAGUCUCUAGAUGUGACCAAGUCAAGGUUGCCGUAUCUCCAGCGCCCUAGAAUGUAGUGGCCAGUGGUCCUUUCAGCUCAACAAAGUACCCACUGCAGUGGAGUGGGCAGUGGUAUUGGCUAGACGAGUCUGGGAUAAAUUUCCUAUCCUCUCCCCAAACUGGUCCAGGUUAGGGCAGGUGAAAAGAAGUUAUAGAUGACCCAGGUUCCCCCUCUGUCCUGGCCUUCCAGAGCUGCAGAUGUGCCUGUUGCUAGGUGAGGGUACAAGCCAAGAGGCACUGAGAGGACCUGGAGAAGGAAUGGGCACCAGAAUUGGGAAACCCUAAAGGGAGAAAGGACACAGAGAAUGUGAGGGCCCCGUUUUCAGAAGAGUGCUUGGCUCCUACCCAUCUCUGAUCUGACCCAUUACAGAGAAAACAUUUACUUCCAGAAAUGCAGAAAUAUCGUCUACUUGUAAGAGUGGACUGGGAAGAGCCAACAGGGGAGAGUCAGGACACAAAGCAGGCCAGAAAGGGAAAAGAGAAGUGGCUAUGGGGCACUCUUGUCCCUAAAGCUCGCCACAAAAAUGGACAGAGGGGGUUGGGGAUUUAGCUCAGUGGUAGAGCGCUUGCCUAGCAAGCGCAAGGCCCUGGGUUCGGUCCCCAGCUCCGAAAAAAAAAGAAAAGAAAAAAAAAAAAAAAAAAAAAAGGACAGAGGGGGCGUGUACCACAGAUGAAGGAACAGCUACCCUUUGACCUGGGAAAGCCAGCUGUGUCUUGGUGCUCCCAUGAGGCCUCAGGGAAGAGGCGACAUCCACAGGCCUUGAAGGACGGGAAAGGAGGCCUCUUGCCUGGGACUGCUAAGCAACAAAGCCCAAGCCCUCCGUAUAAGGGCUCAGGCCGUAGGAGGGGCCGUCGAAGGUCUGGGAACCUCAGCAACUGCUCCUUCUGAGGCCUUGGCAAGACCCUCCUGGGGCUCUAGGGUCCCUGGAGGCCGCCCUCCCCCACCGCCUCAGCCCCGCCCCCGUGCGGCGCAUUCUUCUGGUUGGAUGUCCUUCCGACAGUCCCCUGCGUGUCCGUCUGUCGGUCUUUCUUCUCUCGCCCGCACCGAAGCCGCGGCCCCAUUCAUUCCGGAGGCCUCUGCCCUCUCCUGAGCCGGUCCUCGCUCGGCGAGCAGCUGCUAUGCUAAUGAGGACGGCGGCCGGUGGGGCGGGCAAGCACUCACAAAGGCAGAGUCUUUACAUUCAAAGCCAGCAGGGCGGUUCCUGCGAGCCCGCCAGGCGAGGCGACCGAGAGCGGCGCCCUCCGGCGCACCGGCUGCCCAAGCACCCACUGCCGGGCUCGGUGUGAGAGCAGAGACCAGCUGUCGUCUGCUCUAGGUCACGGCCUGGGACCCGCAGCUCCUUAGGAAGACCUGCCUUUGCCCUCCAGACACUUCUUAGUGCCUCGGGGACUCUUGGUGCACGUGUGCAGGGCCGCGAGCCACACUGCUGUCCACCCCAAGACAAGGAGGUUGUAGGAGACCCAAGCAGAGUCUGAGAACACCCCGGUCCUGACCAAACAGGAGCAGAGAUCUCUGGUCACCUCCCGUGAGCGGGCGGGGUUCCCCUUCGGCACGGUGGAACAAGGACCGGGCGGGAGAACAGGGGCGAGACUGGAUCUCGGACGCUCCUUGCCCAACUUGGACCUCCCCAGCUUCUGAUGACCUCGGCUCAUCCUGUGGCGCUUAAAGCGAGUUAGGGAAAAGGGGGUGGAAGCUGGGGAGGGGGCGGCUGCGUCUGGCCUGCGAGGCUAUGCUGCCUCCCUGUGGUCACGGCCCGCACUUGGUCCCCGCCAAGAACACUAGGUGUGUGACCGGGUGGGCAGCUGUGUUUGUGCACAUGGUUACCCAGGACUCUAACCUCCAUCCGUCGAGGCAUGAAGCGAAGGUUGGGUGAAGUGCUUAGGUCACUUUGGAGCAAGAACUGACAUGCACAGAUCAGAAAGGCAUGACCAGCUGGAGCUUCGCACAGCGUGGGAGCUCGACAAGGUGGGUUAUGGGACAGAGAGCGAGUUCUCAAAACCAAGUGAGCGGGAUGGAUAGAGAGAAAGAAAUAGGGAAAGACUAGGGAGGAAAUGCACAGCCGGCCUUGGCCGUGUAGCGGAAGUUAAAGCCUGAUCAUUUGUGGAAAGAACAGGAAAGGCCGAGACAACAAAUCAGAAGGUGGAGCAUUAGGUGACAGAGGCCAACUGCCCAGCUGGAACCCCUGGAUCACUCCUGCUGUCCCUAUGAUGUCUUGACCAAAUGGAAAAAGGAAGAUAAUCCAAGGUCCAAGGCUUCAAAGAUGGUUAGCAGAACAGCCACAGUUGUAGCCCUUCCCCCAAGGGCCACAUUUCUAAUGGCUGCAAGAUACAGGACACAUUCCAAAUGAUCAUCACAAUAUAUUAGAGGGUGCCCUGGGUAUAGAGCCUGGAGCCUCUGUGGGAGCCUUGAGGGCCAGCCCCCUGUGGGUCCAGUGGUGGCUGGCACUAGUAGGCUGCCUCUCCUCCUGCAACCUAAAAUGAUAAGCUGAAACCAUAAGCCAAUUAAAUGUUCUCCCUCCCUCCCUCCCUCCCUCCCUCCCUCCCUCCCUCUGUCCCUUCCCCCCCCCCUUUCCCCUACCUUCCUCCUUCCCUCUCAUCCUCUUGUCCUCCCUGCUGUGUAUCCCUGGCUGUCCUGGAGCUUGAUUCUAGGCCUCAAAUGUAAAGACCUUCCUUCUUCUUCCACCCAGUCUUCUGCUGGGAUUAAAAGGAUGCACUACCACUGCCUGGCAAUUAAACGGUUUCUUUUCUAAAUUGCUUUGGUCAUGAUGUUUUAUCACAGUAAUAUAAAGGUAGUUAAGAUAUGCAUCUAUCGGGGUUGGGGAUUUAGCUCAGUGGUAGAGCGCUUGCCUAGCAAGCGCAAGGCCCUGGGUUCGGUCCCCAGCUCCGAAAAAAAAAAAAAAAAAAGAGAGAAAAAAAAAGAUAUGCAUCUAUCAAAAACCACCUCCGAAGGCUGCUGAGUGUCACAGAUGAUGGCACUUGCUACACAAGCCUGCUGACCAAUGGUGAAGGGAGGGGAGAGCAGCAACUCCACAGGUGUCCUGUGGUCUCCACACACUAGCCGUGACACAUACACUCAUGCAUACGCAUCAUGCACAUGGCUAGGCUUGGAGCUGCCCCGCGCCUACAAUGUCGGCACUCAGAGUCUGUGAGUCGGAGGCCAGCCAGAGCUACAUAGUGAGACCCAGCCUCAAGAAAAUAAAUUCAAGCUUGAAAUUAAAAAUAACUUUCUGAGCCAGGUGUAGUGAAUGUCUUUAAUCCCAGAAUUUGGGAAGCAGAGGCAAGAGGUUCUGAUUCAAGGCUAGCCUGAUCUACAACGUGAGUUCUAGAACAGUCAAGGCUCUACAGAGAAUCCCUGUCUCAAACCUGCAUACCCCCCAAACAUAAUUUAAAAUAAUAUAAGCUUGGUGGUGGUAACACACGCCUUUAAUCCCAGUACUAGGGAGGCAGAUGCAGAUUGAUCUUUGAGUUCAAGGCCAGCCUGGCUACACAGAGAAACCCUGUCUUGAAAAACCAAUAAUUAAUACUACUACUAAUAAUAAUAAUAAUAACAACAACAACAACUAAAAGCUUUGGGGACUAGGCAUGUGUCGUCAUGGUGGAACAUUUGUUUUUUCGAGACAGGAUUUCUCUGUGUAGCCCUGGUUGUCCUGAAACUCAGUCUGUAGACCAGGCUGCCCUCAAACUCAGAGAUCCUCCUGCCUCUGCCUCCUGAGUGCUGGGAUCAAAGGCUGUGCCACCACCACCACACUUACAUUAUUUCUUUUAGAACAGGUCCCCGUCUAGGUGACUGAUGGGCCCAUUUUGGGGGAGGACAAUAAUAUGUCUUUUGCUUGUUGUAUGAUUUUUGUGAGUCUUACUAUACAUCUCUGUCUGCCCUAGAACUUACUAUAUAGACUGCAAGCUGCCUCUGCCUCCUGAGUGCCGGAAUUAAAGCUGAGCACCACUAUACUCAGCUUGAAACAGCAUUUUUAAAAGUUCAGGAAAGAGAAUGAAAGACGAUUUUACAGAGCUGAAGAGGUGACUCGGUGGCUCUUGCAAAGGACCCUGGUUCAAUCGCUACCCACCCAUGUCUGCCUACCCACAGCUGUCUGUAACUCUAGCUCCGGGAGAUCCAACAUCCCCUUCAGGCCCCUGGGGACACUAACAUAGCAUAAUUUUGAAAAAAUUUAACAGGGGCUGGAGAUGGGAUGGCUCAGUGGUUAAGAGCACUGACUGCUCUUCCAGAGGUCCUGAGUUCAAAUCCCAGCAGCCACAUGGUGACUCACAACCGUCUGUAAUGGGACCUGAUGUCCUCUUCUGGUGUGUCUGAAGACAGCUACAGUGUACUCAUACAUAAAAUAAAUAUAUAUAAUUCUUUAAACAUAAAAUAAAAGGGAUUGGAGGGAUGGUUCAGUGGUUAGGAACACUGACUUCUCUCAUCAAGGACCCGAGUUCAAUUCCUACCACUUACAUGGAAGCUCACCACCGUAUGUAACUCCAGUCCCUAAGAAUCUGAUUUUCUCUUCCGGUAUCCCCAUGCACCAAGCAUGCCUGUAGUGCACAGGCAUGUAUCCAGGCAAGACACCCAUCCACAUCAAAUAAAUAAAACUUUAUAAUACUAAUACUACUAAUAAUAAGGAUGAUGAUUUUACAAAGACAGUAAUGUUUUGCCAGAAAGAAAUAAUCUUCCCUUGAUGCUGUACAUCAAAAUCUCGCUGCCUUCACCUUUGUGUCUUUUGUCUAGUCCGUACCCAUCCUUGCUCAUGAGCACAGUAUGUCAGAAGCACGGGGACACACAUGUGCUCAUCUCACUGUACAGUCUAUAGGAUGCCCUUUCUUUCUCUUCCCGGAUGCUCAAGAUGAAGCAAAGACGUGGUGGGUCCUCCGGAGCAAAAUUUCGGAUUUCCCUCGGUCUCCAGGUAGGAGCUGUGAUCAACCGUGCUGACAGCACAGGCACCAAGAACGUGUAUAUCAUCUCUGUGAAGGAAAUCAAGGGACGGCUGGACAGACUUCCUGCUGCUGGUGUGGGCCACAUGGUGAUGGCCACAGUUCAGAAAAGCAGACCACAACUAAGAAAAAAGGUCCAUCCAGCAAUGGUAAUUCGACAACAAAAGUCAUGCGGAAGAAAAGAUGGGGUGUCUCUUUAUUUUGAAGAGGAUGCAGAAGUCAUAGUAAACAAUAAAGGCAAGAUGAAAGGUUCUGCUAUCACAGGUCCCAUUGCAAAAGAGCAUGCAGACUCGUGGCCCAGGAUCGCAUCCAAUGCAGGAAGCACUGCCUGAUUCUCCAGUGUGUCUGUAAAACAUACUCAUUAGAAGGCUUUGCUCUGUGGGGAGGGGAGGGAGAACUUAUAGGAUAAACUCAUAAACUAGGUCAAUUACGGUGGUUGCAAUUGUCCAAGUCGUCCUGAUUUCCCUUGACACCUGACCACUGACAAACACAAGUUUUCUGUUCCAAUCCUAAUACUAUAUUUUACUGGCCGGUUUUGUGUGUCAACUUGACACAAGCUGGAGUUAUCACAGAGAAAGGGGCCUCAGUUGUGGAAAUGCCUUCAUGAGACCCAGCUGUAAGGCAUUUUCUCAGUGAUCAAAAGUGGGAAGACCCAGCUCAUUGUGGGUGAUGUGGUCCCUGGGCUGGUGGUCUUGGGUUCUAUAAGAAAGCAAGCUGAGCAAGCCAGUAAGUAACAUCCCUCCAUGGCCUCCGCAUCGGCUCCUGCUUCCUGCCCUGUGUGAGUUCAGGUCCUGACUUCCUUUGGUGAUGAACAGCGAUGUGGCAGUAUAAGCUGAAUAAACCCCCAACUUGCAUCUUGGUCCUGAUGUUUUGUACAGGAAUAGAAACCCUGACUACGACACAUUAAUCCCAAAACAGACAUUAUACGUCAUAUGGUGAUUCUAUCUACGUACAAAUAUAGGUUAUAGAAAGGCUACGAAAGGAGUAAAAGAGGCUACAACGAGAAUCUCCAAGUCGGAGGGCGGGUGUUGGGUAAAGUUCUUAGAGAGCUGCUAGGGACACCACAGCAAAUCAAGCUCAGCGUGGUUGGAGCACACGUGCAGAGGCAAGGUGCAGAACCAGGCUGAAUGGGCGGCAGGCAGAGCUCCUUGCCUGCUGGCUCCUUGAGCCGUGGGUGUUCAGCUGAUGGGUCAAGUGGCGCUCUUAUCACGGUGGUCCAAAUGUCCUCCUCUUUAUGUGAUUCAGGGGAGGGGACUGUGGAGCACUUUCCUUAAUCUGGCUGUAUUCAUUAAUUCACCAUUUCUCUGAAGACAUUGAUGUGUUCAUAGGUACUUUCCUAUCUACAGGCAUCUGGGCCUUGUGGCCCCACAGGGCACGUGGUGCUACAGCACAGAGAAGUGCACAGUCAUCCUGCCUCUGUAUUUCUUUUUUUUUUUUUUUUCCGGAGCUGGGGACCGAACCCAGGGCCUUGUGCUUGCUAGGCAAGUGCUCUACCACUGAGCUAAAUCCCCAACCCCGUGAACAUGCUUUGAAGACAAAGACUUUUGCCCAGUGCUGGAGUCUUUCCCCCUCACCCACCAACACCUUGAUAUAUUUCCAUUUUGGAAAAUUUUCUCCUCGGUGAUGUAACUCUCACUCCACUUCCCCAAACCUUGACUUGAAUAAAGCGAUUUCCUCCUCCAGCUUCUGUCUCCACAUGUGUUUGGCAGAAGCUCUGGAUGGGUGGUUUAAGUGGGAGCAGCCUUCUCAGAGUCAUAUGUUUGGAUACUUGGUCCCUGGUUGGUAGAACAUUUGGGAAGGAUUAGGAGGUGUGACACCUCUAGGUUUGUCACCAGAGCUUCACUUGGAACUAAUGCUCUCUGCUUCCUGCUUGUGGAUCACAGCAGGGUUGAUGCAAAUUCAGAGUCUGAAACCAGUCUAGGCUACAAGCCUGGACUAUAUAGCAAGAUCCUGUCUCAAAAGCAAAACAAAAAGAGAAAACAGAGUUCUGGGUCACCCAGGAUCUUACUGCAAGUCUGUGUCAAAAGAAUACAGACAUAAUAGUUAUUUACGGACUUCCUGCUCAGUUCUGCUGGCUGAGCUAUGAACUUCAGCUUCCUGUUACACUUCCCUCCAGAAUUUCUCAAAUAUCAAAACCCACAAAAUCCAUUUGCCCAGCAUGAUGCUACACAAGUAUAAUUCUAGCAUUUGAGAGGCUCAAAAGUUCAAGGUGAGCCUGGGUUACAAAUGUAAAACCCUGUCUGAAAACAUGAACUAUCAUUUUGGAGGGAGGGUUCAGGGGUUUUGAGACAGGGUUUCUUUGUGUAGCCCUGGCUGUCCUGGAAUUCGCUCUGUAGACCAUGAACUGGUCUGGCCAUGAACUCAGAGGUCUGCCUGCCUCUGCCUAAGUGUUGGGAUGAAGGGUGUGUGCCACCACACCCAUCUCCAAACCCAGGAAUUAGUAAGUAGAUGCUCAGAAGGAGACGCUGGUGAAUUUAUCGUUGAGGGUUAUGGUACCCCCUUCUCAAUUCACAGACAAACAGAAAAGGAAAAGAAGACAAUAGAAGGGUAGCUUAGAACUAUGGUUUAUUCAUGGGCAUGAUGUAACCUGCUCAGUGCUGAGUGUACAGGCCUCUUUAGACCAGAAAUUAGCCUCCAAGAAAUUAUUUUAGAAGUGCACAGUUUUAUAAAUAAAUAAAGAGAAAACAACGUGGCAUGGGUUUGGAUCCUCACUAAAUCAAUGCCCUGUACAGAAGCCUGAACCUGUGUGCUUUUGCAGCAGGUCUCCCCUAGUGUAGGGGAGGACACAGCACCCCCAUUGAGGGGCUCCUCCUCUCUAAUCUCGUCUAGUCACCACCUGCUGUGUGCCCUCAAGCCUCACUUUCUAACCCAGAAUGAUGAGCAUUCAAGGCAAAGUCUGGGUGCAGCCACCAGGUGGCAGCACGGACAUGGCCGGAGUACUAAGAAACCUCAUGCCUAGCCAAUUCCACACAAAUGGGAGACAGGGGUUGAACCUAGGACGCCAAAGGCUACAGGGACCCUCACCCCACGUAACUGUGGUAACCAGACAGUUACACUGCUAGGGAAGAGGACUUCACGUCCGGCACAGCACAUGCAGGUAGAGGCUUUGGGACCUGCCCAUCUGACCCCACCCCACUGGGUCUCAUGCUUGCUUCCUGCUUCCUAUAAACAGCCAGCAAGGCUCGAGGUAUGGUUCACUUCCACUGCUGUCCCUCCAGAGCCAGGGGCUGGAAGGGGCCAGUACAAGUUCUUCAGCAGUAAGACAGACUGGAGUCCAGUGAGCCUUUCUUGGGAAACCUGACUUUGAGUGGUUUCCCAGGAAGUCUCCCCAGGGGGGGUGGAGACACAUCACCUCCCUGGAGGUAGAGGUUCCUCCUAACCUCUUGUGGUAAGCAGAACUCUGAACCUUGUAACUGAUUCCAAAACCAUUCUACAUGUCUCUCUGGGGAAAACGGACAGCCAGCCUCAAGAGGAUGGGUCUCCUCUUAGCUUCCACUGCAUUUGAAGAAUUCCACUGGAUCUACUCACUGGCUUGGAGUCUUCUACCAGCUCCACGGCCCUCUGAGGCAGGCCUAAAGAAGCAUUCUCCACCUCUGGGCUCUAAGCUAAAGAGGCAUUCAAGGGGUGGCUGGGAGUCUGUGAGAGGCAUGGAGGCUGCCGCAAGUUCCAGUGGACCACGAUCCUACCCCAACCACACACUGAGACAACUGUACCAUAAGCACACACUGGCUACCUCCUAGGGUUAUGGAGGUCCUAUCGCACGCUCCUGGGACAUGAGAGACAUAGUGGGAGCUGGGGGGUGGGGGAGACUCCAUACAGGAAGGUAGCUGCUUUUCUGGUGACCUCAGGGGUGAAGAAGAAGAGGAGCUGAGGCACUGCAUCAGCCUCCAUAGCUCCUGGGGUGAACCAGCUUAGGGGCCACAAAUCACCUGACAUCCUUCCUGUUUUCUUCAACAGUUCAAACGCCUGGGCCCACUGACUCGUGUCCGGCAUGUGCAGGCUUGUGUUGCAAGAGGUUCACCUUAGCUACUACCUGCUUGCAGCCAGUGAUGGCGAAUUCAUGUCCAGCAACAUGGUAGUAGCUGAGCUGCUCCGCCAGAUGUUCUGCCUGCGCCUGCUCAGGAAAAAAGCCCUCCCCGGCCAUCUCCUCUCUGAAGCAGUUGACUACAUCCGGCUUGUCCAGUAGCAGGAAAGGCACGAUGGCCGCAGUGUGCCACAGAGGGUGUUCACGGGCCAGGAGCUCUCGAAGACUGGUUUGUAACUCUUCCAAGGCUGGAGAUUCCUCAGUCUGAGUACGGCCUACACUGUGGCGGAGUGAGGGCAACAUCCGUGACGCAUUCUGCAGCACAAAGUGUGUGAUCUCUAUACCGCCAGCGCCACUUAGGAGUACAUAGAUAGCAUUGUGGAAAUGGUGAGAGCGCUGUGGCUGCAGGAGGUCGUGCAGCUCAUCCAGCAGCGCAGGUGGUAAGAGUUCAGCCUCAUCCAGAACCAAGAGUGGGGUCUUCUCCUCGGCCUCAGCCUGUGCUACCACAUCUGCCACACGCUGUGCCAGCUCCUUCCGGCAGUCCUGAACCGGGCGUAGCUCUGGACAGUGAUGUCGUGCAUGGUACUGCAGAACCAAAGCACCAUCCUCAAGCACUGCACGGAAGUGGCGAGCCAGCAGGCGCCCCACGUGACUCUUGCCUACACCACUGGGCCCGUGCAGUGCCAGGAGCAAGGGGUGACUGUGCACAUGGGUAGCCAGGUAGUCUCGCAGCAGGGCCAUGAUGCGGCUCACAGCAGCCGGCUGGCCAAACACAGAACGCUGCAGCGCCUUCUCCAGCCCGUCGAGGUCGUAACGUUGUGCAUUAUCGUCCAGAUUCUCAAUGGCGUUGAGAACCUGGAACCCUACAAUGGCUACAAGAAGCAGCAGGCAACGCUGCGCACGACUCUGCCGCUCUGUACGGGGUCGACACUUCCGUGAGGUUUCCGGGUAGAGCACUACCCGACUACGCCUGCGCCUCUUGCGGGGUGUCCUAGAAGACAGCUCCGUCAGGCUGUCGAAGGUGAAGAAUUUAGGUUGGUCUAGGUCAGCACGCAGAGUCCCCAAGCUGGCGCUGGACCCGAGUGUCCCCGUCCCAACGCUCGGCUCAGUGCCGGUCUGCAAGAGGCGCCUCUUGCGCAAGACGCAGACUCGGCGGCGCAGACGGAGCACGGCGCGCACUGGCGCGAUCACACAUGGCCCCUUGGCCUGGGGCUCUAGGCUAGGAUGGCCGCGGUCCAUGGUUCAGGACCUGUGCUGUGCAUGCAGUUCCCCUCCCUGCAAUAGGAAAAUGGGAAGACUUCCUGAGUCCCGGAUCUUACCCUC